AUGGAUUUGACGUGGCGAUCGGAAAUUGAAGAAACUGAGCAGGUAAAUUGGGCUUGGGGAGAACUACAGUAAUCCUUGGCGCUAAGGAGUACUGUAGAGCUAUAGACUUGACUACUGUACUUGAAUACUGUAGAAGGUAGUACUGUACUCAAGUUUUUCCUUCAUCAAAAUAUAGUGCUCUACAGUAACCCCAUGGCUCUAGAAACUUUGAAUUAUCAAUAGAGCGCACUUGGAAAACCCCAAAAUAAAUUUAAAUUUUUUUCAGAAAACAAUGAUGAGUGCAUCAGCUUCAAUCUCAUCUCUAAGCUCUCCAGAUUCGAAUCUCACCACAACUUCAACCACUCCAAUCUCAAUCUCCCAAGUCCCAUUCGACCCGAUUUUCAAAGGUGUGCUCACGAAAAAAGCCGCCGCAAAAUUGGUUCAACCCGGCGAAUACAUCACAUUCUAUCCCAUUCCGAACACCAAAAAACCGAUUCCCGCCAAAAUUCAUCUGUUCGUCGCGCAGAAAAUCUAUAGCCAUGAGGUGGCGUUCAUGGAGUUGAGCUAUAAUGAAUUUGGUUGGUUUGUGCUCACGGCGAGAGAGCCGCGACCAAGUUUUGAUUCGUUGAAGAAGUUGUUGGAAUUUUAUAACACUUAUUCGUGAGUUUAGGGAGAAAUUGGCCCUCUCAAUAGAGCACACUUGCUAUUUUCCCCCCGAUUUUUGACCUAUUUCCUUCUGCAGGUAUCUCAACAUCAACACACCUCUGCCAACCAAAUCUUCGACGUCAACAAGAACCGUUUUUGAAUGA